AUGCUGUGGAUAGUGCGAUUCUCACAAUGCAGGCUCUUCAGCUUACCGUUCGUGGCGGCUGGGCUCGCGCCGCAGCUUGGCGAGAUGAUGCCCCUUGACCCCGAAUUGGCUGAGUCGCACAGGAUCGGCUAUGUGCAGUGGGCCUUAUGUGUGGUGUUUUUUGUAUGGUACCUAAUUGUGGUGGCAUUCGCUACCAGUGGAUGGUACGAGAUCAUGACCAAAUUCACAUCGCAGAUGGCGAGUCAGCGACUGUGGGACGGGGCGGGCACCGAGGAAGAGAGCGAGGCAGCGGUCUCGAUCAUCCGCCCCUGCCGCGGCAUAGAGCCCGAAAUGGCAAUGUGCCUGGAGAGCUGCAUCAAGCAGGAAUACCCGCCCGAGAAGCUCGAGGUACUGUUCUGCGUCGAGAGCGAGGACGACGAGUGCCUACCGAUACUCACAGCACUGCUGGCGCAGUACCCCACGCGCAACCUGAAGGUGCUGGUGGGGCGGGAAGCGUUCGGGCCCAACCCCAAAGUGAACAACCUCGCCAAGGCGUACCGUAGCGCGCAGCACGACAUCGUGUGGAUCCUCGACUCCAACGUCUGGGCGCCGCCGGGCAUGCUGCGCCGCAGCGUGGCCAGCCUGGCCGGGUCGCUGGACAACGGGCGCAAAACUCGGAGACCGGUGGUGCUGACGCACCACAUCCCGCUGGGCAUCGGGCUCAAUGCGCAGAGCCGGAGCGCCCGUCUCGAGGAGAUGUUCCUGUUCAGUAGCCACGCCAAGUUCUACGUUGCGUUCAAUAAAGUCGGCGUCGCUCCCUGUGUCAAUGGCAAAAGCAACCUCUACAGACGCAGCGCGCUCAACCGCGCCGUCCAGGUGCUGGGCGACGGGGCUGUCACCAGCGCCCUGUUCAGGGACGAUGCCAUCAAGCGCUGUGCCAGGUUGAACGCGCUGAAGACUGCGAACUCCGUGGCCCACACGCACCUCCCGUUCACGAGAAUCACCUGGGCCCAGAAUGAGCUCCGCCGCACGGUCGUCGGCCCCGAACAGCAGCAACACAGUCACGGCAUCGAGUUCUUCAGCACCUACAUCGGCGAGGACAACAUGAUCGGCACCGCGCUCUGGGACAUGCUGGGCGGCCGCACAGGCAUGACCGGCCAAUGCGUGUAUCAGCCCCUGCACUACAGCGUGAACCACGACGGCCUGCAGAACUACUUUGACCGCCGCGUGCGCUGGCAGCGCGUCCGCAAGUACAUGGUGCUCGCCGCGACGCUGCUUGAGCCCACCACGGAAAGCAUCCUCAUCGGCCUGAUGGGCUCCUACGCUCUCCCGCGCCUGCUCGCAGCCGCGCAUCCCACCACAGCUGCGUUCGCCUACUUUGUCCUUCACAUGGCGGCUUGGUGCUAUAUGGACAGGAUCCAGUACAACACGCUUGUGCGCACGCUGGACCCCACUAUAGCCUUUGGCCAUCGCUACCCGGCUGCGUCCUACGAGCGCCCGUUCUAUAAUUGGCUACAAUACUGGCUACUACGUGAAGUCCUCGCCUUCCCCAUAUGGAUCAAGGCUAUGAGCGGUUCUGUAAUCAACUGGCGGGAUAGACCUUUUCGGAUCAAGCCGGAUCUAACUGCAGAAAGCCUGUAG